UUUUCUUUCUAUAAUGCCGAAAGAAGAAUUGAAACGCUGUUUAUAUAUACCAAAAUUGAGCCUCUAUUUGACUGCGAAAUCGACACUACCAUUUUUAAUCAUGAUUGUUUCGUGGAAGCAAACAAUUUGCUGAAAUCUGCUGAUUAUUAGACUGGUCCCUUGUUUCCAUUAACUCUUCAUUUCGAUUUUUGGGUUACAGGGUUUUCUGUUUGAAGGGUUUUAUAGAUUGUCGGAUUUUCGAUCGCUUGGUUAGUGAAAUCCCUAAAUUCGGUUGCGUUUUCACGUGGGUUUGGCUUCGAAGUGUUGGAUGUUAAGAAUAUCUUGUUUGCAGAUUAUUUGAUGGAAAAUUUAUGCUGUUUGCAGUUCAUAGGAGGCCCUUCAUCUUAUAGUUCUGGUAAGGGAAAAAACCAUGAGGGUAACAUCAAGUUUGGGUUUGACUUGGUCAAAGGAAAAGCUAAUCAUCCAAUGGAAGAUUAUCAUGUUGCUAGGUUUGUUGAAGUUGAUGAACAUGAACUCGGUUUAUUUGCCAUUUAUGAUGGGCAUUCGGGUGAUCGUGUCCCUUCCUAUCUUCAAAAACAUCUGUUUGAUAACAUCUUGAAUGAGAGUGAGUUUUGGGUUGACCCAAAAAGAUCGAUAUCAAAAGCGUAUGAGAAGACUGAUGAAGCGAUUCUUUCACAUGAUUCUGAUUUGGGGAGAGGUGGGUCCACAUCAGUUACAGCUGUUCUUAUAAAUGGUCAAAGGCUGUGGGUUGCAAAUUUGGGUGAUUCAAGAGCUGUUGUUUCAAAAGGAGGUGAAGCUAUACAGAUGACCACUGAUCAUGAGCCUAGCACUGAAAGGGUUAGCAUUGAGCAUAAAGGAGGCUUUGUAUCAAAUAUGCCAGGAGAUGUGCCUCGAGUAAAUGGACAGCUGGCGGUUUCUCGUGCAUUCGGUGACAAAAGCCUAAAAUCCCAUUUGCGAUCCGACCCUGCGAUUCAAGAUACAGUUGUGGAUUCCAAAACCGAUCUUCUUGUCUUGGCAAGUGAUGGUCUUUGGAAGGUAAUGGAUAAUCAAGAAGCGGUUGACAUCGCAAGGAGAAUUAAGGACCCUCAAAAGGCGGCUAAGCGGUUAAUAGCCGAAGCUUUGAAAAGAGACAGUAAAGACGACAUAUCGUGUGUUGUGGUUAGAUUCAGGUAAUAUUUUUCAUUCCUUUACUCAUUGCUGUCAUUUUCUCGUUUGCGGGACCCACGGUCUGAAAAUGAGAAGAAGAUGGGACAGAUUCUAUGUAAAAAAAGUUAAAUAAUCGGUAAUGGGUACUUUAAAAUAAACCCUUUUGAGGGGAUGUGGAUUUGUUAGUUUGUUGAAGAAUACAUAUUUGAAGAGUUGAAGUAGUUCCUUUCCUUUA